GUCAAGAGUUUCUGUUUCCUAGCUAAUGUGCUCUCCCUUUCUCUUUCUCUCCCUGCCUCUCUUUGUCUGUGUGGAGUCUCAGCCUCCCCUCAUAACUGCAGUAAACAACGGCGGAAUACACAUCUGCGAGCAGAUAAAGAUCUUCAUAAAGACCGACUAUGCUCAAAAUGAAGACGCUGAACGAAUUGACCCAUCUGAAGGAGUCCAGAUUUGGACGGCCCGAACCAAGACAUGGUCUCAAACUACUGUACUGGUUCGCCAAGGAUUGUGUCUCUUUGAAUCAGUAUGGUAUGUUUCCAAAGUGCGAUCCAGAGAAUGGAGACUUUGGUUUCCACCCUUUCGAGAACAGGUACGACAAGAAUGGUUUUCAACUCCUGCCUGAUUUAGACACCUCCUACUACGUGGUGGGCAAUCUGAAUUCCGCAGGAGCGGAUGAGCUGCCUGAUUACGUCAGUGAAGAUUACACUGGUCUCAUGGAUGACAGUAACAUGGACCGCAUCAUUGUUAGCCUUGAUGAUGACGACAUGUUUGACAGAGUUUAUGUGACUGAGCAUGACAACCGGAUACACUACAACCCCAACGCUACCUACCGCAUCAGCAAAGGCCUCCUACAGAUUGUCAGCACCCUGGAUUUGCAGGACUUUCUCCGAAAAACUGGAUAUUUGGGACCCUCAGACUACAUUUUUCAAGGUGUUUUAAUAAGCCGUGACCCUCAACCUGUCAACACAAAUGCUGCCUCUACGACUCCAAAAGUGAAUGCUCCACAGAACCGGGACUGUCGUAUCGAGAUUGACUCAGCACUUGUGUCAGCGUAUUAUGUUAAUGAUUGGACCACCACCGGAUAUUCCUCUAGGAGAAAGAAGUGUUGUGAAUGCACUAUACUCUAAAUUCAUCUCAGUCUCAAAUGCUAUCCUUCCAAAAAUGCUUGUUUUUGGGCUUACCUACCAAUCAUUCCUGAAGCAACUGUAAUUUUUACAUUUUUAUGUAGAUUUAAAAGGGUGUCCUUUUAAGGGUGUCCUUGGCUGCAGUGUGCUUUGUAAUUUGCUUAAAACUGAUAAAUCAACCAUGUGCCCAAGUUGAAGACUGAAAAUAAUUACAUUUGUCAGAUUACAUCAGGGCUGCCCAAAGUGAGGCCCUCAUCCUAAAUUUGGCCCAGUAAGGACAUUUGAUUUAGCCUGCCAGAGAGAUACCUAACCCCCCCCCCCCCCUCCCCCUCAGCCAAUGAGAACACAUUCAUACAAGUUAUUUUUUUAGCUUCUCAUCUUUCCUGUAAACUUGCAUAGUUUUAGUAAUAAAACAUAUGAAAUCUAAAUAAAUCUAUGACUCUUGACACAGCUUGAUUGCAACAUAAUUUAAGAGCACUUGUAGGAACAUUUGCAGGUAGCAAUUAGUAGCGUUCAGUCAUCUUUUCACUGAACUUAAAGGAAACCAUAAGUAUUUCAAAAACACACAUGCUCUGGGAAUGUCUAUUUUCAAUGCUAGCUAUAUUUUUUGGUUAUGAUGCUCUCAUCACCAAAAAAUAAUACACUGUGAUUUGUUUGAGAGCUCAUUUGCAUAUUGCAGGUGGAGCUAACCAGGAUCUUUAUUCUGAUUUCUCCAUCUGAGCAUAUUCAAUUAAGGUUGGAGCUAAAGUCUGGAGGAAGGACGCUGGUGAUGUUAUAUGAAGUAGUUGCUGUAAAUUUGUAGUAAUUCUACCACCUCAUCUUCAUGCUUCUGCUGUACAUAGAUGUCCAUGCUAUUUUAAAAUGUUUUAAUGUGUUACAAAUACUUUUCACGUUAUCGCCCUCAUUUUUGAACUAUUACUAAAACAAGAGACAACAUGAUUUUAAGUGCCUAAAUAAAUCACUGUACACCAAAA